AUGUCCCAUGAGGUCGAAACUGUGGGAUCUCCUUCAAAGUCUGCUGUUGGUAGUUUCAGUGGACAGAACACAUCAUCUGAAACGACGAAAAAAUCGAAGAUUGUUGAGAUUCAUUUCGAUCCGUUGGUGAUGCACACUAUUUCAUUGUUACGGUAUAGUCGUAAAAUUAAUUACUAUCGAGUAAGAAUGGGACGGCCGCCUUCAUUACCUGUAUUCAAUCCAAUUAAAUUAAAACUGCCUGAUUCGCAGGACAUGGCGAAUGAGUUUUCGGAGGAGAAUGUGCAAUUAUUGCUCAGAAAAGCGAUAGCUGUUCUAGCGGCUCAUUUAGAAAUGGAAUCGUCUGUGGCAUAUCUCCUAUCACGCGUUGUAGCUGCGAGAAUUAAAAGAAUGUGUUUGAACUUGAAUCUUUCACACCAGCGGCGAGUAGAGGGCAAAGAAACAGCAUUCCCUUCAGCAUUGAUGCAUGCGCUUCGCUUGGAGAAUAUUAGAGAUGUCACAGAACUGCAAGAAUUCUAUAGGAAUCGUGUCACCUUCUAUCACGAUCGAAUGUUACUUUCUUGUACACAAAAAUAUGAAAAAGCGGCAAAAAAAUUUGCUCCUUUUCAAGCUGAGAAAAUUAGUGAUUUUACGGAUGAAGGUUCCUUGAAAUGUGUUCCUUAA